AUGCGUUUGUGUGAACCCUCGGGCCGAUACCCAGCGGCGUCAGCACCACCAGUCGAGGAGACGGAGUGGAGUCCUUUGCGGGAGCAAGCGCCCUCGAACUGGGAGUCCACCAGAACUGGGGUCUACGAGGACUGGGGUCUACGGGGACUGGGGCCUACGAGGACUGGGGUCUACCAGAACUGGGGUCUACAAGAAUUGGGGUCUACAAGAAUUGGGGUCUACCAGAACUGGGGUCUACCAGAACUGAGUCCACCAGAACUGGGGGAGACUGGGGUCUCUAGGGUCUACCAGCAGUGGGGUCUACCAGAACUGGGUUCCACCGUAACUGGGGGUUUACCAGAACUGGGAGUCCACCAGAACUGGGGUCUACGAGGACUGGGGUCUACGGGGACUGGGGCCUACGAGGACUGGGGUCUACCAGAACUGGGGUCUACAAGAAUUGGGGUCUACAAGAAUUGGGGUGCAGGUAUUCAUGAAGGAAGUAUUUGUGUGUUUGAAAGAAGAGGUCGAAGACGUGAAGAAAGCAGACGAGGAAGUGAGAGAACGAUAAGUACAUCUGAAGGAGACAGAGAGUUAAUGGAGCUGAGGGACUUCCUGGGUGAAGAGGAGCCCUUUAAUGGCAUCGCCCCUAGCUUCACAGACACCAGCGUGAAAGGAGAAGGCGUGGGCGUGAAGGAAGCGGGUAUGGGUGUGAGGGAGGCAAGGAGCAAGGUAAUGGAGUUGCGGGACUAUCUAGAUGGAGGGGAGAAGACGAAGAAGGCCGCCCCUAUGACAGCCCAACACAGUGUUCCGGGAAGACGGCUAGCAGACGUCUCUAUCGCAGGUAUGUCUCGUGUGUGUGGAGCGGGGUGUCCUCGCUGGCAGAGGUGGGCGUGGUCGCUGGUACUGCUCACCUGUACGGCCCUCAUGUCGGCUCAGGUGUGGGACCGUCUCACCUACUACCUGUCUACACCUGUUACCGUCAACGUGCGAGUCACCAGAAACCAGACACUUAGGUUCCCCAUCGUCUCCUUCUGUAACAAGAACCAGUUCAACAUGACAGCGGUAAAGGAGCUUCAGGAACAGCGUGCCGCCCUCCUAGGAGAGACCAAUGCAUCCGUGAUCUCUUCGUGGGACAUCUCUCAACUGGUGGGCACAAACGGCAUGGACGCCAGCCAACUGUGGGUCUAUAUCAAGCACAAACUCGAGCUGAUGGUGGAAGAGGUGGGUAUAGUAUGUGUGUGGUCCCGUCUGUGUGGGGAAGUCUUCUUCGAUAGGUAUCCUUGA